GGAACAGGGAGGCACCUUGGUUUGGAUCAUAAAUUUUGGGGGAGAUUACUGUGUUGUUGUUUUUUAACAGACAGCCAGGAAUUAGAAUCUUGCCUUGUCUCUGCUGCUGACCACCUGCAUGAAUUGCGUCUUUAGCAUCAUGCUGUCACAGUCCAAGACCAAGGAAGCCUUUGACUCCACUCUGAAAGACAUCAUUAUCCCCCAAAGAGAGAAACCCGGACACAUUUACCAAAAAGAAGAUACACUGCAGAAUGAUCUUCAAAAAGAAACCACAGUUGUUGGAAGUAUCCAUAUACUGUGUUGCCUGAUGAUUUCAAGUUUUGGAGCUAUUUUGUUUUUUUCUCCCUACUCUUCCCACUUCAAGCCAGCAGUUUCCACCAUGUUGAUGUCCGGGUACCCAUUUGUAGGAGCUCUGUGCUUUGCCAUUACUGGAAUCCUUUCCAUUAUCUCUGGGAAAAAAUCAACUAAGCUCCUUGCCAUCGGCAGUCUGACCUCUAAUGCAGUGAGUUCUGUUGUCGCUGGAGCAGGCCUCUUCCUCCUCGUUUACAGCCUGGUAGCCCUGAGGACUGCCUCUCAACUGUGUGACUCGGAAAAUGAGCAUCUAUCCUCCUUGCCUUAUCCAGGAUACCCUAAUCCAAAAUAUGAAGUCAAGGACUGUGUCCUGGAUGGUGUUAGUCUCACAGGUGUGCUGGUGGUGAUGCUUAUCUUCUCUGUGCUGGAACACUUACUAGCUGCAUAUGCUUCUGUCUUUUGGUGGAAACAGGUCUACUCCAGCAACCCUGGGAGUUCAUUUUCCUUGCCUCAGUCACAAGAUCAUAUCAAACAUGUCAAAGACUUCUUCAAGGGUAUGGCUAUGAGUAAAUGUUGGCUGUAGAGGAAAAAGGAAGGAGAAAUCCAGUGCUCAUGACAAAGUGUGAUUAGGCUUUCCUGAAAUUUCAGCUACUCUAGA